GCCCGGUUUCCGUGCGGGCGCUGUCGCGGCGGCAGGCCCCGCCAUGGCGGCGGAGGGAGAGGACCCGCUGGGCUAUUUCGCGGCCUACGGCAGCUCCAGCUCCGACUCGGAGGCCGACGAGCCGCAGCCCGACGAGCGCCAGGCGGGGGGCGGCGCGGCGGCGGGGGGCAGCCCGGGGCGGCGGCCGCGGCUGCCGCCGCCCGACGAGCUCUUCCGUAGGGUGUCGCAGCCGCCCGCCUUCCUCUACAACCCGCUCAACAAGCAGAUCGACUGGGAGAGCCGCGUCCUGCGGGCGCCUGAGGAGCCCCCCAAGGAGUUCAAGGUGUGGAAGAACAACGCCGUGCCCCCGCCGGAGACCUACAGCCCGCCCGAGAAGAAGCCCCCGCCGCCCCCUGCCCUCGACAUGGCCAUAAAGUGGUCCAACAUCUACGAGGACAACGGCGACGACGCGCCCCGGCAGGCCGGCAAGGCCAGGUUUCUGCCGGCUGAGGAGCAGGACCCCCUCGAAUCGGAUGGUGAAAAAGAUGAUGAACCAGCUUCCGCCAAGAAACGUAAACUAGACUCUGGGGAGCAGACAAAGAAGAAGAAGUUAUAAGCAGGGCAUGCUGGAUUUAGCCAUAAUGAGAAUUUCAAUGAACUUGGAUUCCUCUGCUGCAAUGGGAAACAAAUACAUGUUUACUGAAUUUCUCUUGCCUAUCGGGUAGGGAAUUUUAUUUCUGUAGUAUGCUUGCCUUUUGGAAGCACAAAAUUAAAUGGACAGUGUCGUGAUAGAAACUCGUCUACUGAACAAAAUUUAAACCUGUUUAUUUAAAAGAGGUGUUUAGAAGAGGGAUCCAUUGUGAUGGAUACUUGUGCUCAUGCAGGUUACAGGACUUCAUGGUAUUUUGUUUAUCAAGAAACCUGGUAACAUGAGCUUUUCUGGACUGACUUUUCCAUUGUGUCAAAACCUUUUAUAAAGGAGUAUAUACUAAAGAUUCUCUAAGUACUGUCCUGUGAUAUGUUUGCAUAAUGUUGUUUUGAAAUGUAUGUAAAGACUGCAGAUAGGUCACUGGAAUAAAACUACAUUCGAAAACA